AUGAUGAGUGCCAACAACAACGACGCGGCCAUGGGCCAAUCUUGGGCGGUCUCAGCCGAGCAGGACCUCACGGACGAGGUGGCUGAGUCGUUCAUUUAUAUAAAGCAAGAGUUCGAAGAAGAGGAUUGGGAGGACGAGGCUAGAGAACCCCUCGCCAGAAACAACGAGGCCGCCGACGAACCACCCGUCUGGUCCCAAUAUCCCAACGAGCCGACUCUACCCCCUCCCCCUCCCACCCGCCGCCACCCCUCUGAUCCCGAGGCCGAGGCCGCCAAGGUUUACACCAUGUUCAAAUGUGGCAAGAGCGAAGACGGGCCCGAGUACGCGGUCAGGCCCUGGUCCACGACGAUAAAACGCCAUCGAGGGGCCGAAUGGCAGCCAUACUGUGCCCAAGAUGACGGCCCACUCCCGGAACCGCACACGGCCGGAAGGCUCAUCGAGCCAUUUAACAAAACCCUGCCCGACUUAUAUCAAAAGGGCUUCAACAUGCUUUUCAACAAGCGGGACGGCGGCGAGACCUCCCUGGACUUACUAGACUGCUCGCCCGGUGCCUCGCAAGCUUUCUAUGGCUGGAUCCCCAAGCGCUUCAUGCCCAGGCGGGGUACCAUCGGAUACUGGGGCUUCGACGGGUAA